AUGCACGUGUCACUAGCUGAGGCCCUGGAGGUUCGGGGUGGACCAUUGCAGGAAGAGGAAAUAUGGGCUGUAUUAAAUCAAAGUGCCGAGAGUCUCCAAGAAUUAUUCAGAAAAGUGAACAUAACUGAUCCUGCUGCCCUUGGCUUCAUAAUAUCUCCGUGGUCUCUGCUGCUGCUCCCAUCUGGAAGUGUGUCGUUUACAGAUGAAAAUAUUUCCAACCAGGAUCUCAGAGCAUUUACUGCACCAGAGGUUCUUCAAAAUCAGUCACUUACUUCUCUGUCAGAUGUUGAGAAGAUCCAUAUUUAUUCCCUUGGAAUGACAUUGUACUGGGGAGCUGAUCAUGAAGUACCUCAGAGCCAACCUAUCAAGCUUGGAGACCAUCUCAACAGCAUAUUGCUUGGCAUGUGUGAGGAUGUCAUUUACGCUCGGGUUUCUGUCCGGACCGUCCUCGAUGCCUGCAGUGCCCACAUUAGGAACACCAAUUGUGCACCUUCAUUUUCCUACGUGAAGCAGCUGGUAAAACUGGUUCUGGGAAAUCUUUCUGGGACAGACCAGCUUUCCCGAAGCAGUGACCCAAAACCUGAUCGGAGCCAGGCUAUUCGAGACCGAUUGAGGGGGAAAGGAUUACCAACAGGAAGAAGCUCUACUUCUGAUGUACUAGACAUACACAAGUCUCCAUUCUCUCAUCAGACCUUUCUUAACAAAGGGCUUAGUAAAUCUAUGGGAUUUCUGUCGAUGAGAGAUACACAAGAUGAGGAAGAUUAUCUCAAGGACAUUUCAUCAGAUAAUAAUUCUGGACAUGAAGAUUCUGAAAAUACCUGCUCUUCUUACCAGUUUAAAACUAGUACCGAAAAAAAAGUUACCUCAAGCGUACUUCCCAAGAAGAAGAAGAGUUGGGCUUCCUCCAUGGACUUGCUUUGCACGACCGACAGAGACUCCUCUUCUGGAGAAACUGGCAGAUACCAGCGCUGCCUGUCUGAGGCAGUAACUGCACAGACUUCAACUACUCCUAGGAAAAAGGAAUCAAGAUACUCAGAUGGAAGCAUAGCUUUGGAUAUCUUCGGCCCUCAGAAAAUGGACUCAAUAUACCACACGCGAGAAUUGCCCACUUCCUCAGCAAUAUCAAGUGCUUUGGACAGAAUCAGAGAGAGACAGAAGAAACUUCAGAUUCUGAGAAAAGCCAUGAAUGUAGAAGAACCAGUUCGAAGAUACAAAACUUACCACAGUGAUAUCUUUAGUACCUCCAGUGAAAGUCCAUCUAUUAUUUCCUCUGAAACGGAUUUUAGACAAGUGAGCAGAAGUGAAGCUUCAAAGAGAUUUGAGUCCAGCAGUGAUCACCCAGUAGAUGAAACCCCAAAUCAAGGCCAGUCACAAAGACCAAGGCAAUACGAAACAACCCUAGAAGGCAGUAUAAUUAAUCAAGAGAUCAUGCUAAAGCGACAAGAAGAAGAAAUGUUACAACUCCAAGCUAGGAUGGCCCUUAGACAGUCCCGACUGAGCCUGUUUCCAGGCGAUUCCAUCAAAGCUUCUAUGCUUGACAUCACCAGGGAUCCUUUAAGAGAAAUGGCCCUAGAAACAGCCAUGACCCAAAGAAAAUUUCGGAAUUUCUUUGGCCCUGAGUUUGUGAAAAUGACAGUGGAGCCAAUUAUAUCUUUGGAUUUGCCACCAUCUAUUCUUACCAAGAAGGGGAAGAAUGAGGAUAGCCGGAGAAAAGUAAACAUAAUGCUUUUGAAUGGACAGAAACUGGAAGUGAUCUGCGAUACCAAAACUAUAUGUAAAGAUGUGUUUGAUAUGGUUGUGGCCCAUAUUGGCUUAGUGGAGCAUCAUUUGUUUUCUUUAGCAACCCUCAAAGAUAAUGAGUAUUUCUUUGUUGAUCCCGAUUUAAAAUUAACCAAAGUAGCCCCAGAAGGAUGGAAAGAAGAACCAAAGAAAAAGAGCAAAACCACUGUUAAUUUUACUCUGUUUUUCCGAAUUAAGUUUUUCAUGGAUGAUGUUAGUUUGAUACAACAUACUUUGACAUGCCAUCAGUUCUAUCUUCAGCUGCGUAAAGAUAUCUUGGAGGAGAGAAUGCACUGUGAUGAUGAAACUUCUGUGUUGUUAGCAUCCUUAGCACUCCAGGCUGAGUAUGGAGAUUACCAACCAGAGGUUUACGGUGUGUCUUAUUUUAGAAUGGAACAUUAUUUGCCUGCCAGAGUGAUGGAGAAACUUGAGCUAUCCUAUAUUAAACAAGAGUUACCCAAAUUGCAUAAUACCUAUGUGGGAGCUUCUGAAAAAGAGACAGAAUUGGAAUUUCUAAAGGUUUGCCAAAGACUGACAGAAUAUGGGGUUCAUUUUCACCGAGUACUCCCUGAGAAAAAGUCCCAAACAGGAAUACUGCUUGGUGUCUGCUCUAAAGGUGUCCUUGUAUUUGAAGUUCACAAUGGAGUUCGCACAUUGGUCCUUCGCUUUCCCUGGAGGGAAACCAAGAAGAUUUCUUUCUCUAAAAAGAAAAUUACAUUGCAAAACACAUCAGAUGGAAUAAAGCACACCUUCCAGACAGAUAACAGUAGAGUGUGCCAAUACCUGCUGCACCUCUGCUCCUCCCAGCAUAAGUUUCAGCUACAGAUGAGAGCACGCCAGAGCAACCAAGAUGCACAGGAUAUUGAGAGAGCUUCGUUUAGGAGCCUGAAUCUCCAAGCAGAGUCCGUUAGAGGAUUUAAUAUGGGACGAGCAAUCAGCACUGGCAGUUUGGCCAGCAGCACGUUGAACAAAUUGGCCGUGCGACCUGUGUCAGUUCAAGCUGAGAUCCUGAAGAGGCUAUCCUGCUCAGAGCUGUCGCUUUACCAACCAUGGCAAAGCAGUUCAAAAGAGAAGAGUGACAGAGCUUCCUGGGAGGAAAAGCCUAGAGGGAUGAGUAAAUCAUACCACGAUCUCAGCCAGGCUUCUCUCUAUCCUCAUCGGAAAAAUGCCAUUCUUAGUGUCGAAUCCCCACAAAUCCUUGAGGAGUCGUUGGCAAAACCAUUUCAGCAGAUGGCAAGAUCUGACACAGAAUCUUUGGCAGGAUUCACAAAACUUAAUAAUUCAAAGUCUGUUGCAAGUUUAAGUAGAAGUCCUGAAAGGAGGAAACAUGAAUCAGACUCAUCUACUGAAGACCCUGGUCACGCAUAUGGUAUAGGAAUGACUAUGCAUAGUUCUGGAAAUUCUUCAUCCCACGUACCCUUUAAAGAAAAUGAUGUACUACAAAAAAGAUGGAGCAUUGUAUCUUCACCAGAAAGGGAGAUCACGUUGGUGAACCUAAAAAAAGAUGUGAAAUGUGGCUUAGGAUUUCAAAUUAUUGGUGGGGAGAAGAUAGGAAGACUGGAUCUAGGUGUAUUUAUCAGCUCGAUUACUCCUGGAGGACCUGCUGAUUUGCACGGAUGCUUAAAGCCAGGGGACCGUUUGAUAUCUGUGAACAGUGUGAGUCUGGAAGGGGUCAGCCACCAUGCUGCAACUGAAAUUUUGCAAAAUGCACCUGAAGAUGUGACACUUGUUAUCUCUCAGCCAAAAGAAAAAAUGUCCAAAGUGCCUACUACUCCUGUUCAUCUUGCCAAUGGUAUGAAAAACUAUGUGAAGAAGCCAUCCUACGUGCAAGAUAAUUCUAUAACUUCUUUCGAGGAUCGGCGCUGGCCACAUGGUACCCUGAGACACACCUCGGACAAUUCCUUUGGACUACCUGAGGGCCUGCGAGAAGGAAGCCUAAGUUCUCAAGAUUCGAGAACGGAAAGUGCCAGCUUGUCCCAGAGCCAGGUCAAUGGCUUCUUUGCCAGCCAUGGAGGUGACCGAACCUGGAAGGAGUCACAGCAUGGUAGUCCCUCUCCAUCUGUAAUAUCCAAAGCUUGUGAAAAAAAGAGAAUGUCCAUUGACAGUCACCGAAGCAAAGCUAAAAAAACAGGCAUUUCUGAUGCUACAGACUACUCUGAUCGUGGAGAUUCUGACAUGGAUGAAGCUACUUAUUCCAGCAGUCAGGAUCAGCAAACAGCACAAAAGGACUCUUCCUCCUCAAUGAACACAUCCAACAAAAUGAAUUUUAAAACUUUUUCUUCAUCACCUCCUAAACCUGGAGAUAUCUUUGAGGUUGAACUGGCUAAAAAUGAUAACAGCUUGGGGAUAAGUGUCACGGGAGGUGUGAAUACCAGUGUCAGACAUGGCGGCAUUUAUGUGAAAGCUGUGAUUCCCAAGGGAGCAGCAGAAUCUGAUGGUAGAAUACACAAAGGUGAUCGAGUCCUUGCUGUCAACGGAGUUAGUCUGGAAGGAGCAACCCAUAAGCAAGCUGUAGAAACACUGAGAAAUACAGGCCAGGUGGUUCAUCUUUUGUUAGAAAAGGGGCAAUCUCCAGUAUCCAAAGAGCACGUCCCUGUCACUCCACAAUGUACUCUUCCAGAUUCUGACACCCAAGGUCAAGUCCAAGAAAAAAUUGUGAAAAAAACAACUCAUGUCAAAGACUACAGCUUUGUCACUGAAGAAAAUACAUUUGAGGUGAAAUUAUUUAAAAAUAGCUCAGGCCUGGGAUUCAGUUUUUCACGAGAAGAUAAUCUUUUAUCCGAGCAAAUUAAUACCAGCAUAGUAAGAGUUAAAAAGCUCUUUCCUGGACAACCAGCAGCAGAGAGUGGAAAAAUUGUUGUAGGUGAUGUGAUCUUGAAGGUGAAUGGCGCCUCCUUGAAAGGACUGUCUCAGCAGGAAGUCAUAUCCGCUCUCCGGGGAACAUCUCCAGAAGUAUCCUUGCUUCUCUGCAGACCUCCGCUUGGCGUGCUACCUGAAAUUGAUACUACUCCUCUGACCACACUACACUCCCCAGCACAAAUUCUUCCAAACAACAGUAAAGAUCUUCCUCAGCCGUCUUGUGUGGAACAAGCUACCAGCUCAGAUGAAAAUGAAGUGUCUGGCAAAAGCAAGAAGCAGUGCAAAUCCCCAUCCAGAAGAAACAGUUACAGUGACAGCAGCGGGAGUGGAGAAGAUGACUUACAGAAAGUUGCAAGAAAAGUGUCAAAUACGAGCUGGGGUUUAGCUCUGCGUCAGACUCUAUGCAACAUGGUAUCACAAGCACAAGGCCAAUAUGAAGUGCCCGAGAGUCACAAAGAUUCCAUGUGUGCCAUGUUUUACUGUCCUCAGGAAAUACCUAAGAAACCAGAACUUGAACACAGAAAGCCUCCUUCCCCUCUGCCACCGGAAUUGACUUCUGGACAGAGCUGUCAAAACCAGCCUGAAUCAGGCCCCUCUAAUUCCCUGGAUAAAUAUGUACAUGACACUUCUGAAUCUACCAAGCAAGGAGAUUUUACAUCCUUGAAAAUGGAUUUAGAAGACCAAAUGGAAGACUUUGAACUGGAAGUUGAACUUCUCAUUACCCUAGUUAAAUCUGAAAAAGGAAGCCUCGGUUUUACAGUAACCAAAGGAAACCAGAGUGUUGGUUGUUUUGUUCAUGAUGUUGUUCAGGAUCCGGCCAAGAGUGAUGGCAGGCUUAAACCUGGGGACCGCCUCUUAAAGGUUAAUGACACAGAUGUCACAAACAUGACUCACACAGAUGCAGUGAACCUGCUCCGGGCUGCGCCAAAGAUGGUGCGGUUGGUGGUUGGCCGGGUUCUAGACGUACCCCGAAUGCCAGUGCUGCCUCAUUUGCUGCCUGACAUUACGCUAACAUGCAACAAGGAGGAGCUGGGUUUUUCUUUAUCUGGAGGCCACAAUAGUGUUCAUCAAGUGGUCUAUAUUAGUGAUAUCAACCCAAGAUCAGUUGCAGCCAUUGAUGGUAAUCUCCAGCUACUAGACAUCAUCCAUUAUGUGAAUGGAGUGAGCACACAAGGAAUGACCUUGGAAGAUGUUAAGCGAACAUUAGACAUAGCACUUCCCUCAGUGGUGCUGAAAGCUACAAGAAAUGGACAUCCAGUAGUUGCCAGUGCAAAGAAGACUUCUGGCUCAAGUCCAAAAUUAAACAAGGCCAAUGGUCAUCACUCUGUGGAGCCAUGUGGCAAGCCUGCUGUAACUCCCAGUCAUUCUUUCUCCAAGGUAAAUGGGGAAAGAAUAAUUGAAGGGAAAUGUUCCAUUUACCAAAUGGAAGAAUCAAUAAACUUGACUUUGUCCAAAACUAGUUUUCCAAAACCUGAAGUACACGAAGAUGAUAUUUAUGAUGAUCCUCAAGAAGCUGAAGUGAUCCAGUCUCUGCUGGACGUGGUGGAUGAAGAGGCGCAGAAUCUUUUAAACCAAAAUCAUGCAGCAGAAGAUGCCUCAGUUCCAGAUGCAUUGAAAACCAAUGGAGAGUUGUCAGAAGAGAGAGCAGAAGACACAGACUGUGAUGGCUCGCCUUUGCCUGAUGAUCUUUCUGAUACCACCAAAAUAAAUGGCUGUGAAGAAUAUUGUGAAGAAAAAGUAUUAAGUGAAAAUAUCAUUCAGAAGCCACAAGAAAGAAACAUUGAUGAUGAUGAAAUCACAUGGGGAAGUGUUGAGUUGCCGAUAGAGACAACAGAUCAUGAAGAUUCCAUUAAAGAUCAUCCCUUUCUGACAAACGAGGAGCUUGCUGCACUCCCCAUCAUCAAAGUGCUUCCCUCGGGUAAAUACACUGGUGCCAAGUUGAAGUCCGUCAUUCGAAUGUUGCGGGGUUUAUUGGAUCAAGGAAUUCCUUCCAAGGAGCUAGAGAAUCUUCAAGAAUUAAAGCCACUGGAUCAGUGUCUAAUUGGACAAACAAAGGAAAACAGACGGAAGAACAGAUAUAAAAAUAUACUUCCUUAUGACGCUACCAGAGUGCCUCUUGGAGAUGAGGGUGGAUAUAUCAACGCCAGCUUCAUCAAGAUCCCCGUGGGGAAAGAGGAGUUUGUUUACAUUGCCUGUCAAGGGCCUCUCCCAACAACUGUUGGGGAUUUCUGGCAGAUGAUUUGGGAACAAAAAUCCACUGUGAUAGCCAUGAUGACCCAGGAAGUGGAAGGAGAAAAAAUCAAAUGCCAGCGCUAUUGGCCUAAUAUGCUAGGCAAGACAACGAUGGUGAAUGACAGGCUCCGGCUGGCUCUCGUCAGAAUGCAGCAGCUCAAGGGCUUUGUCGUGAGAGCAAUGACCCUGGAAGACAUUCAGACAGGAGAAGUGCGGCAUAUUUCUCACCUGAAUUUCACUGCUUGGCCAGACCACGAUACCCCAUCUCAGCCAGACGACCUGCUAACCUUCAUCUCUUACAUGAGGCACAUUCAUCACUCAGGCCCGAUCAUCACUCACUGCAGCGCGGGCAUCGGACGCUCGGGGACCCUGAUAUGCAUAGAUGUGGUUCUGGGAUUAAUCAGUCAGGAUCUUGAUUUUGAUAUCUCUGACCUAGUGCGCUGCAUGAGACUGCAAAGACAUGGAAUGGUUCAAACAGAGGACCAAUAUAUUUUCUGCUAUCAAGUUAUCCUUUAUGUUCUGACACGUCUUCAAGCUGAAGAAGAGCACAAAGAGCAGGAGCCACCUCGGAAAUGA